UGACAGGGAAGUCCUGUGCGGAGGUGGGAACAGGACUACGGAAAGUGUGGAAAUGAGGAAGGCGGAUGAGGCAACGGGAGCCGGCAGAAGGGCCUCACCCAUAGUGCUCCCUCAGCCCAGGGUGCACACACCCCUUCCCCCCGGAGAAGCCCCCUGUGGGGGCCCUAGCUGAGCUGGCUUUGGCCUGCCUGUUGGCAGGGGUCCUCCCUGGAGUCCGGGGGUCAGCAGCCAGCAGGGCACGCAGUGGGAGCCAGCAGGGCAGCAGAGUCUGGGACCAGCGCUGGGAGGGUGCUCCUGUCUGAUGCAUGAAGCGAGGAGCCAACAGUGGGAGCUCGCGUGGCGAGGACCUGGGGACAGACACUCAGAGGGGGCUGUCCCCACCACCUUUCCUUCCUCCUCCCCACCCCGCGGCAACCCCCACCCUGUGGGGCCCGUGGAGCAGAAGCCACAAGUCACUUCCUGAAGGCACAGCCCCAGCCCGAGGCCCACUUGCCGAUGGCCCGUCAACCAUCUGCAGCCAUGGGGAGCCAUCAGGACUUCCGGAUCCUUCAAGCCAAGUUCCAGGCCUCCCAGCCAGAGACCAGCGAACUCCCCCCUAAACCCCUGAAGCCCGAGUUCAACAAACUCCUGAGGAAGUUCCCACCGCCUGAGCUGAGCACGCACCCCAAGCAGCCCCCGGAGCCUGAGCUGACCAGCCUGCUCAAGAAGCCCUCCAAACUGGAGUCCAGUGACCUCCCCAAGAAGUUCCCGCAGCUCGAGGCCACUCUGUUCCCCAGGAAGCCCCCGCAUCCUGAGGUCGGCGAGGCCCCGCAGCAGGCCCUGCAGCCGGAGCUCAGCCAUUCCACCAGGCCGCCCCCAGAACCCAAAUUCAGUCCAUUCCCCAAGAAGUUCCAGCAGCCUGAGUCCAAUGAGGCCACCCCAAAACCCUCGCAGCCCGAGGCCGGUACCUUUCCCAAGAAGCCCCCGCAGCCCGAGUUCGGUAUGCAGCCCAGAAAGCCCCCGCAGCCUCAGGUCGGCAGCCUCCCAAAGAAGUCCCUGCCGCAGUCCGAGUUGGGCGAGGCCCCUCAGACAGCGCCCUGGAAGCCCAAGUCCUGCGAGCCCCUGCCUCGCUCCUCGCAGCCAGACCUCAGUGUCCUUCCCAAGAAGCCCCCGCAGCCUGAGUUCAAUGCAAACCUCAGAAAGACCCCACAGCCUGAGGUCGGUACCUUUCCCAAGAAGCCCCCGCAGCCCGAGUUCGGUGUGCAGUCCAGAAAGCCCCCGCAGCCUCAGGUCGGAGGCCUCCCGAAGAAGUUCCUGGCGCAGCCCGAGUCGGGUGAGGCCCCUCAGACAGCCCCCUGGAAGCCUGAGUCCAGUGAGCCCCCAACUCACUCGUCGCCGCCUGACUGCAGUGCGUAUUCCAGAAAGGUUCCCCCGCCUCAGGUGAGUGACCUCCCCAGGAAGCCCCCGCUGCUGGAGUUUGGUGAUGUCACCACGUCCUCGGAGCCCGAAGUCAACAUGUUUCCCAAGAGGCCGCAGCGGUCGGACCUCAAAGCACUGUCCCCGAAGCCCCUGCAGCCGGAGCUGGGCGGCUUGCCCAGGACGUCCUCGGAGCCCGAGUUCGGCCUGCUCCCUAGGAAGUUGGCGCAGCCCCACUGCCGGGGGCCCCCCCGCAAGUUCUCGCAGCCCGAGCCCAGUCUUCUGCCGAAGAAGCGCGCACACACCGAGUUCCUGGGCGAUCUCCCCAGGAAGCCCCCGCUCCCUGGCUCCGUGUCGGAGAGCUCCCUGCCCACCGCCGUCGCAGGCUCCGGCCCCAGGUUUCUGCUCAGCCCGGGCUUUGGGGCCAGGCCACAGAGGUCAGGAGUGCUCUCUCACCGUGAAGGGUCCAGGCUGGGCCUCAGACCCGGCCGCCCGCCGCAGCGGAGGCCCCUGCCGCCAGCCGUCAGCCUGGGACCCCCUCCGGCCAAGCCCCCACUGCCCCCAGGCCUCUGGGAUAUCCAGAGCUUCCGGGGAGACUCGGCUGGAGCCACAGCUCUGCGGAGGACCUGCUCUUCCACCGGGAUCCACUUCCAGGCCCGACAGCCCGCAGACACCCUGCUAGACCCAGACGAGUUCUACGAGCUGUACGAUGACGUGGAGUCCACGGAUGGCUCCAGCCCGCAGAGCAGAGGCCACCGGGACCCUGACUCGAUGUCCGGCCUGCCCCCAGGAGUGCCAUCUACCCAGCAACGGCCCAUGCCGCCCCAAGAUCCAGAGCUCAGGAAGGAGAAGACGCCCCAGCCGCAGCCGUUGCCGCCCGCGGACCCCAAGGCCCUGAAGCAGAUCCGCAAGGCGGAGAAGGCAGAGAGGGAGUUCCGGAAGAAGUUCAAGUUUGAGGGCGACAUCGUGACUCUGACCAGGAUGAUGAUCGACCCCAACGCCAAGACGCGCCGGGGUGGCGGCAAGCACCUGGGGAUCCGGCGCGGGGAGAUCCUGGAGGUGAUCGAGUUCACCAACAAGGAGGAGAUGCUGUGCCGCGACGCCAAGGGCAAGUACGGCUACGUGCCCAGAACCGCUCUCCUGCCCCUGGAAACGGAGGUGUAUGACGACGUGGACUUCUGGGACCCUCUGGAGAACCAACCAUUCCCCAGGGGACAGUAAGGCCUCAGAUGUGGGGACCCAGGACAACCCGACGGCCCAGCCACCUAACCCACGCGUCCCGGCUCCCAGCUUGGUGGUCACAGAACCUCCCAGGCCCACACCCGACCACGUACACAGACUACAUAAAGCCCCUUAUUAAAGCGA